AUGUCCUCAAUCCAAGCUCGUGAGGCAUCAAUUCUUGAGAUAGCGGAACCCAGACCGACGACCCUGGAAGUUUAUGACAGUGAUACGGAUAGUAGCGCUACGCUUGACUACGACUCGGACGGGCUUCGCCAUGCGGAUGGUGUGGUGAUCGUCUCGGACAAUCGUCCCCGAGACCCAACACCCUUUUUGCUGAAUUCAAAUGCAGCCACAAACCUGCGUGAACUAGUGGAUCUUACCAACUCAACAGUUCAAACUUUUGAUGAGGAUGAUUACCUUGUGGACGAGGAGUUUGAGUUAGUUCUUCAAAACUGGCAGCUGCAUACCCCAAACCCAAGAGUGACAACAUCGGCCGAGGAAAUCCGUGAGACAACGAGACUCCCUGCUGGGGAAGUAUGCAUAGAUGGCAUACUUUAUACAUCAGGACAGUCACUCGAGCUUUAUGACGGGUCCUACCUUAGAAUCUGUACAGUUCUUAAGGAUAGAACGGAUGCAGUUUACUUCAGUGGCCGUCGGCUUCUAAAAACUAGAAAUCACGCCGGAACCUACGUUCCUAAAGAGCGAAAUGAACUUGUCUGGAUUACCAACGUCACAGAAAUCAUACCGUUCUACAUGGUUACGAAGUUUGUUACUAUCAACUUCACCAAUAUUUGCAAAAUCAGAGGCGAUCCACAGAAAGCCGCGAAGCCCAACGACCUUUGGUGUCGUUUAAAAGAGACGCUAAAGGGCGGAGAAGUUUCGGUGCAAUAUCUAUCAUACAUCGAAGCUGAUGAAGGGCACAAAAUUGAACCGGCUAUAUUACGACAGCUUUGGAGGGGCAAGACUCGAGCUUUUGGCGAAGAAGACCGUCCUAGAGACCGCUCCCCUGUAAUUGUGCUAGACAAUCCUGAUCUUGUCGUUGAUCUCACCUGUUCAGAAAGUGUGGAAGAUCAAAAGAGACGGCGACAGUAUACCUUUGGUGACGGUUUCUGUGGUGCUGGAGGAGUCUCAUGUGGCGCUCGCCGAGCCGGUCUUUAUAACAAGUGGGCAUUCGACAAGUCUAAACACGCAACCUCUACCUAUCGGCUUAAUUUUGAGCAUGCAUAUUGCGAGCUGAGUGAUAUCUUCAGCUUCCUGACAAGUGAUGACGAGUUUUUGAGAGUCGAUGUCAGCCAUAGCUCGCCACCUUGUCAGACAUUCUCUCCUAUUCAUACUAUAGAGGGUAUUCACGAUGAUGCCAAUUCGGCGUGCAUCUUCUCUUCCUUAAAUCUGAUUAAACGCGCCAAGCCUCGAGUACAUACGCUCGAGGAAACGAAUGGAUUGCUUCUGCUUCGUCGGCACCGCGAUACGUUUUAUCGUGUGAUAAAUGAUUUUAUCGAGAUUGGAUAUUCCGUCCGUUGGUGUAUCUUGCGACUUCUCGAAUACGGAGUCCCACAGAUCCGGAAAAGGCUCCUCGUCAUUGCUUCCGGACCUGGAGAAACUCUGCCGCCUUUUCCGCGUCCCUCCCAUGGUCCAGGAUUAAGGGAGUACCCCAACAUCCAUGAAGCAAUUUCCAAUAUCCCCUUUGGGGCGGCGAACCAUGACGUACAGGCAGCACUAAGUCGUGGUCUCAACAAACCUCCCUAUGAUCCCUACCAGGCGGCUCGAACAAUCACUUGUGAUGGAGGUGAUAAUUAUCACCCUUCAGGUAGAAGGAACUUCACCCAUCGAGAGUACGCCUGUUUACAGACGUUCCCCGUAAACUUUCGAUUCGGGCGUCAUGAGGUCCUAAAACAGAUUGGGAAUGCCGUUCCUCCUUCGCUAGCUGACGCUAUGUAUAAGGAGAUUAUUCGGACACUGCAGGAAACGGAUGAGGACGAAGUUCGCCGGAAUUUGAGAGAAUGACAAUGAUGACGGUUUCUGUGGCUCCAGGAAUUAUGUUCUUAUCUUAUGAAUAUCAAUUCCUUUCGUAUCUCGGAACUGGAUCAACGGUUGAGCAGAGGAUGAGACGUUGAUCCGCCACAUGCUUGUCCUUUCCGAGUGAUAACCGCGGAAACAAGAGAAUGCCGUCCGACCGCGGGACUUUUUGUUGGUUUGAAAUCAUCAACCCCCUCUUUCGGACCUUGCGAAUUAGAGAGGCA